UCCAAAAGAAGCGGCUCGAGGCUUUGCGCGCCCCGCUCUUCUCUGCCGCUGCUUCGGCGCGCUGCAAGAAGGAUUUCCCAAAGUCAUUCACAAGUGUACUUUUGUUGUGUGUGUUUGUGUGUGUGUGUGUGUGUGUGUGUGAUUUUGACAGUGAAGCACAGUCCGGGGUCGCAUCCAGAGAGGAGAAGCGGGACAACAGAGGAAAGAGGAAUUCAAGGAGGAGAAGUGGAGAGCGCGCGCGGCUGUCUCAUUUCUCUUUGGAUAGAUUAGGACUAAAGAGCCCUUGCCUUGUAUCAAUUUUCAUACACCAUCGACUGCUGCCUGGAUAUGGACUGAUUGCUUUCCAUGGCCAGUCCAUUGAUUGGCCAAUUAUCGCUCGGACGUUGUCACCCGGCGAACUUGAACCUGUGUGGGAUUUAAACCGGGAAACGGAACUCUGCUUCUGCAGCUCCUCUAUUUUUUUCUUUUCCUUUUCUUUCUCCUAAAGCAACACCUCUGGAUCGAUUCACCGAUGAAUCAAUGUAUCGAUGACGCCAGUCUGUAAAGUCGAACCCUGGGAAGUUUUCUCUUCCCAUUUCCACAUCCACAAUAACCUGUAAAUCGAAGUUCAUCUCAAAUGAAGCUCAUUGGCAGGUGUUUAAAUCCAUUUGGAAAUAUUACAUGGUAUCUGGAUAUAGGCAACCGCAAUCUGCAUUAAAGCCACACAAGGACAUAAAGUGCCAGCGGAGAGUAGAGAGAUGAAGACCCCGUCGCUCGUCUUCCUCCUCCUCCUCGCCUCAGGGGCCUGCGAUGACGUCAAGUACAUCUCCAAAAGGAACUCAGUGGAUGGAUGCAUUGACUGGUCGGUGGAUCUGAAGGAGUACCAUGUUCUGGCCGGCGAGCCUGUUCGGGUCAAAUGUGCCUUGUUCUACAGCUACAUCAGAACCAACUACACCAUGGCCACCAACGCCAAGCUGCGCCUCAUCUGGUACAAGAACAAAGGAGACGCAGAGGAGCCAAUCAUUUUCUCGGGCCACAGGCUGAGCAAAGAAGACGACUCCAUCUGGUUCAGAUCUGCUGAAAUGGAAGACAAUGGAUUCUACACCUGUGUACUAAGGAACUCAACAUACUGCAUGAAGGUGUCCAUGUCGAUGACGGUGGAGGAGAGCGACGAGGGGAGAUGCUUCAGCAGCAAAAUCCGCCAUCUGGAGAAAGCCGAGAUAACGCACAGCAAAAUGAUCAGCUGUCCUGAUAUCGAAGACUAUAUGGCUCCAUACAAACAGCCUCAGAUGACCUGGUAUAAGGAGUGUGAGCGCGUCGAAUGGAGAAGUUCCAUCAUGCUGAACACCACGCACCUCUGGAUACCUGAGGUGGAGGAGGGCGAUGGGGGAAAUUACACGUGUGAGUUACAGUACGGAUCCAGGGUGGUGCGGCGGACGACGCAACUCAAAGUGACAGCUCUCCAAACCACUCGGCCUCCCAAGGUCCUUUUUCCCCCAGAGAGGCAGGACACGGUCAUAGAAAUCACGCCUGGUAUGCCACUCAGUCUGGACUGCAAGGCCUUUUUUGGCUAUAGCGGAGAAAACAGGAGGCCGAUCAUCUACUGGAUGAAAGGGGAGAAGUUUGUGGAAGAACUAGCGGGACAUAUAAAAGAGAGUGAAGUCAGGAUCUUGAGGGAGCAUUUAGGGGAGAAGGAGGUGCAGCUCUCCUUAACGUUCGACGCUGUGGAGGAGGCGGACCUGGCCAACUACACCUGUUAUGUGGAGAACCAUAUAGGGAGGCGCAGUGGGAGUGCUAUCCUGCAGAAGAAAGAUAUGUAUCGCCUGGAGCUGGCCGGUGGUCUCGGGGUCAUACUGCUGCUGCUGGGGGUCCUGACGGCACUCUAUAAGUGUUACAACCUGGAAAUCAUGCUCUGCUACAGGAGACACUUUGGGAGCGACGAGACUGAGGACGAUAAUAAGGAGUACGACGCCUACCUGUCCUACACUAAAGUGGACCUGGACUGUCUGGGCAGGACGACGAGCAGCGACGAGGAGACGUUCGCUUUGGAGAUCCUGCCGGAUGUUUUGGAGAAACAUUAUGGCUACAAGCUGUUCAUACCGGACAGAGAUUUAAUACCCAGCAGCACCUAUAUCGAGGACCUGGCUCGCAGCGUGGAGCAGAGCAGACGGCUCAUCAUCAUCUUGACCCCAGAGUUUGUCGCCAAACGAGGGUGGAGUAUCUUCCAGAUAGAGACCCGCCUCCACUCCAUGCUGGUUACCGGGGAGAUCAAGGUGAUCAUGAUAGAGUGUGCCGACCUGAAGAACGUCAUCAACUACCAAGAGGUCGAGGCACUUAAACAUACGAUCAAGGUUUUGUCUAUCAUCAAGUGGAGGGGUCCUAAAAGCAACGAGCUGUCCUCCAAGUUUUGGAAACAGGUGGUCUACGAUAUGCCUGCUAAACGCAGAGAGACUCUGUCCAGACGCCAGGUGAUGGACUCGGGCGAACAGGGCCUCUUUGGUGACCUACAGACCACCGUCUCCACAAUUGCCAUGACAACCACCUCUGCCUCCCUGGUGCCCCCUAAUGAGAGUCGCCAUGGACAUCAUCAGGUUGCCUUGGCGACAGAGAUUCCGGACUACAACCAGAUGACCUUGCCACUAGCGGGGGGUCACACAGCUACAGCAGCCCAGAUGAGGCAUUUCUGCCGCAGUUACGAGUUCCAGCUUCCCCCACCGCCUUCCUCCAUGUCGCCUCCUCUCCCACCUCCCUCCACCGUGCAGUUCUCCACUCUGGGACCCGGGGGGCGCCACGUCUAUUGCAACAUCCCUAUGACACUAUUGAAUGGACAGGUACCUCAGAGCAGUACGCUUGGGAAAAAGCCGGAACUCCACCUGAACAGCACGUUCGUACCUCUCACCAGCAGAGAACUAAGCUCUGACAUCUGGUAGAUGUGCUCAACUGGCACUGGAUACAAACUGGUUUGCAGAUUGCUUUUUUUCACUGGCUUUUGGACCUUGGGUAGAUUGGUCGGUCGACUGGUUUCCAUCGUGCUUUUGGACUGUGUACAGACUGUCGGAGUGUCAGUAGAGACUCGUUCUGGGCCUUCUCACCCCAUGCUGUGGACAAAACGACUUCUUAAAGACUGUAUAAGGCUGAGAUUCACAGUGGUUGGGUGUAAUGACUGCAUUCCUCACAAACAGAUGGAUUCAUUUUGUCAAACCUUUGGACCAACUGGUUACCGACUGAUACAAACUGGUAUGUAUGAGGGGUGGCCAAUGCCGUUUAAUAGAGGCGGAAUGCUAUUACACGACAUGACUGGUUCAAUGAAUUUGACAGCAGAGUGUUUAUAGACAGAUAUGGACAUGUGGACAUGAUGAACUGGUAAAGUCCAUGAAAAGGGGCCAGGAUACCUUAAAGAUGACUUUGGAUCCACAGCCAAUAGAAGUCUGUGUGUCAAACUAGCUACCACGUUGGACCUCGGAGCACAACGAAGUAUCCCAGUCCACUCGCACACCGGCUGUGGAAACCAGUUGACUCGUCAGCUGCUCGACUACUUGGAAAUAUCGGUCCACGGAAAAGCAAAAAGUAGCGCAAACGCCGGUCAAUCUUCCACAUCGGCAACUUCUCAGAAUUCCAAUCUACCUGUUGACUAGGUGGCUCGUCAGGAGACAAGGUCGAUUUCAAGCAAUGCUUUUGGAAUACCAGUCCACCUUAAAACAACAAGUCAACCUCUUGAAGUACAACUCCUAGUUGGCUACCUGGUAUGGCACUUAGAAGCCGAACCCCAAAAAAGCCGUUGUGUAUCAGAAAUGGUAGUCUGGAAGAACUUCAAGCAAGUGAUGCAGAAAACAAUGGCUAAAACUUAUUUUACUGGGAAAGCACAGUUAGCUGGAGUCGGUGGAAGCUAUCUAGUUGCAUAAACUAGUUGACUAUAAUGCUACUUCUUGAACUAGGAGGGGGGAAAAACCAGCCAGCUCGUCAAACUGUGACCCAGUUAACAGCAACUAGUUAUUUCAUCGAGAGGCGAAAAUGUCCGAGGGGUGAACCACCAACUCUCACCACCGGGCUAAAAGCAUAAAGGACUUGGCUUUUUCUAUUUGCAUGACCACCCAUUUAGAUAAAAAAAAAAGAUAAUCAAAUAAACAUAGAUAAAAGAGUAAAUGACACAGUCAUUUGUCGCAGCCUCUUUUAACACGGAGGAAAUGAAACGUCUUAUGUUGAUGCAGUAUAUUUGUUUUCUGUCCGGCCACGAGGUGAUGAUAAAAACUGAAUAAAGGGAAAAAUAGGAGGUGUCCCUCCAAAAACAUUUUCAAUAUUUAUUUUACAUUCAAAAGGUUUGUCGUUUUAAAAGGUAGGAGAGAAUUGUUUUCCAGGCUUUGUUCUUUAAAUAUCUGUUUGUUAUAAUAAUCUCUGUACAGCUUCCAUAACUGACGCAUAGACCUAUACAUGACAGUGAUUGGUUCCCUACAUUUUGUUAACACUCACAUUAAGUGUCCUACUUUUGCUUUCGUUCCGUUCAACUUUUUGUCAGUGGUUGGGUGGAUGGAUGGAUGUUUUGUUUUUUUGAUUUUUCUCGGCAGUACAACACUGCUAAGAGACUGAUGUUUUAAUCAACGCGACUACCGGAAUCCAGACGACGACCGGUCAGCCAAAGGAGGGGCUUCACUGCAUAAAAAGCCAGACUCCAAGCUGAAGCAGAACUCAUUCUUCUUUGUGAGCUUUAAAAAAAAAAAAAAAAGUUUAUUACCAUGGUAUUUAAGCAAAGUGAAUUCUGUUUUGAGUUUACAAAAAGGUACUGUCAUUGUCUUAUUAGAACCAAUGAAAUAUGGAUAUUUGAGAUUGUUUGAUACAAUAAUUAAUUAUUUGAGUUGUUAUAUUCGAUGGCAAUAUACAGUAUAGUGGUUGUCUUUUGAUUUCUGCUAAUUUCUUUGACUAUUCAUUGGAUAUAUUGGUUGAAAUAAUUUAACGGAGAGCAAAUAAAAAUUAUAUGAGUUGU